AACUCAUUAAAAUUAAAAUGAAAGUUUUAAAUGAAUUAAACUUAUUUUAUGACGCCUGAUCUGUCUUUCUCAUCAUACUUCAUGUGUACGCUCAAAGUAAACAAGCAAGAUUACACGUGAUUAGUGAUGAAUUUUUUGUGUGUGUCGCAAGUAAUGAAAAUAUUUAAUACAGGUUUAUAGAUACGUAUACGUACACGUAAAUGCAUAAUCCCUAAGCCAAUAUCCUCACCCUCAACUCUUAUUAAACCCAUCCACUAACCAAUCAUUGUCGUCACUUGUCCACAAUCAAAAUCCCUUAAUUGUCUCUCUCUAAAUAGAAACAAAAGAUCAUAUUAAGACAUAAUACAAACCCACAACAUGGGAUCACUUGUGGGACAUGUUAUACCAGGCUUUGCCUUCUUAGCACUUGGCUUAUGGCACUUAUUCAACAACAUAAAACUCUUCUGUCUCCAUCCAAAGACAUUCAAUUCAUCAACAUGGUUCCCAAUUUCAGAGCUCGGACACUUAGAGCUCUACUUAAUCAUGCUAUCUUCAUCAGCCUCCAUAUCCAUGGAGCUCUUCAUUGGACCUAGAAGACACAAUCCCUUUGACUCUGAUGGUACCAUCCCAUCGAACCACCUCCACAACUUCGAACAUUCUUCCAUCUCCAUGUCUUUUUUAGUCUAUGCCGUUUUGGCAUUAGUCCUCGAUAGAGCACGGCCUAGACCCGCCGCUUCUGAGGGGCUAACCAUGCUAGCUGCAGCCGCUGCCUUCAGUCAACAGCUACUUCUCUUCCAUUUUCAUUCUACCGACCACAUGGGCGUUGGGGGACAAUACCAUUUGAUUCUACAAGUCGUUAUCUUCGUCUCUCUCGUUACCACUAUCCUGUGUAUUUUCUUGCCGAAGAGUUUUCUGGUGAGCCUUGUGAGAUCUUCAAGCAUAGCCUUUCAAGGCGUGUGGCUCAUUGUGAUGGGUUGCAUGCUUUACAUACCGAGUUUGAUCCCCAAGGGAUGUUAUAUUCACGAUGAAAUAAGACACCUAAUGGUUAAAUGUUCUACCGAAGAAGCUCUUCACAGAGCUAAGUCGUUGGUCAACCUCGAAUUCAGUAUUUCAGUUGGCUAUUUGUUACAAACAUGUACAAUAUUUGUUGUCACACUAUAUUUGAUUCUCGAUCGUGUUUACGGUGAAAACGUAGAGUACUCUAUUCUAAUCACCAAUUAUCAAACAGAACAAGAUGAUGAAGAACAACAACAUUUCGAAUCAAGUUUUGUCCAAAUGGGUAAACUCGUUGGACAUAGGCAGAAAAUGUGAGAAAGUUUCUAAAGUGGUGAUGAUUAUUGUUAUAUGGAUUGUUUUAAUCAAAUAAUAAAGCAAAAUGACCAGUACGUAUUA